AUGCAUCAGAUUUACAGCUGCAGUGAUGAAAAUAUAGAAGUUUUCACCACCGUGAUCCCUUCCAAGGUGUCCAGUCCAGCCAGAAGAAGAGUCAAAAGUUCUCAACACCUCUUGACCAAGAAUGUGGUGAUCGAGUCAGACCUCUACACUCCCAGGCCCCUGGAGCUGCUGCCACAUCGCAGCGACCGCCGCGACGGCGAGGGCCGCAGGUCGGGCAGGCUCCACGGUGCUCGGCAGCAGGGACCCCACCUUGCCAAGGCCCCAGCCAGACCCGUGGGGAUUUCAGAACCCAAAUCAUCAAAUCUGUGUGGGAAUCGAGCAUAUGGAAAAUCUUUGAUUCCUCCGGUGGCCCGGAUCUCCGUGAAAGCCCCGGCAGCGCUAGAGGCGACAGCCACGGGCUCAGAGAACGGAGCUGUUCUGACAAGAGGAUCCAGACAUCUCAAGAAGAUGACUGAAGAGUAUCCAACCCUUCCCCAGGGGGCAGAAGCCUCCUUACCGCUGACAGGAAGUGCUUCCUGCGGUGUCCCUAGCAUCCUCCGGAAAAUGUGGACAAGGCACAAGAAGAAGUCUGAAUAUGUGGGAGCUACUAACAGCGCCUUUGAGGCUGACUAAAGGUGACCCUCCCUAGGUGCCCUGCGUUGGCCAAAGUUCACCGUACAAGGGAAGAAAACUUCCAGAUGGGAACUGAGCCACAUUCACCUCUGCUAGUAGCUGGUCCAAACACAUCACCGCCCCUUACUAACCGAUAGCCCCGGCUUAGGAUACAGGCAAGGAACUUCCCUCGAAGGCAAAAGAAAAGUGUGCCUUCUUAGAAUCGAUAAAGCCAUUGGUCUGAAAGUGGCUUUGGGAGGUCAUGGAGUUUAUAUACCUAUCUUUAAGCAAACCACACCACAAUCAAACUUUCUCAACCCAUUUUAAAGACCUCCAAGGAAGGAAGCAGGCAAUUCCUCAGUCUUCCUUGUGAGUUGUUCUAAUGU